ACUUCGGUCUGCAAUGAUGACUUGAAGGAUACUUGGAUAGAGCAGGUCAGAGCUCAGUAUUCAUAAAAGAUUAGUCUGCAAUCUACCAUCGACAAUGUGCAUAGUCUUCUACACCCUCUCACAGCCAGGUUACAAAUUAAUACUAGCUUCGAACCGAGAUGAAUACCUUUCCCGACCUGCUCUCCCGGCUCAUUGGCAUAAUUUCCCUUCGUUGCCCAUAUCCACCAAUGGGAGAUCAAAGGAUGUCCCACCUGAUAUCGAUCCCGACUCGAAUGAUACGUACAAUCAUUUAAAUGGUUUAGCUGAUUCUACAAGACAUGAAGAGGAGGAUGAAGAUGAAGCUUGGGUUUUGAGUGGAUUAGAUUUAGGUAACACGGUCGGUGGGACUUGGUUAGGAAUGACAAAAGAUCUUCGGAUAGGUGUUAUAACAAACGUCCGUCAACCUGGUCUUAACCCAUCACCACCAUCAAGAGGUACACUCCUUAAAGAUUUCUUAUCACCUUCUCCUCAUUCAGCUGAAAAAGUACAUGAUUAUCUGAAAAGUCAUGUGGACACAGUGGGGGAAUACGAAGGUUUCAAUUUACUUCUUUUCCGGUUACAUCCACCUCAAACCUCAAAUCCUACUCAAACCUUACAAUUUGCUUCAAAUACACCUAUUCUUUCAAACAUCCCUUCUUCUCCCGCUAUCCCAUCCGUGGCAAGCUUACAGCUCGAUGUCGACAUCUCCCACUCUUCUGAGGGUGAGAAAGAAAAAGAAAGAAUAUCUUUAGAGGAUAGAUGGGAAACACCAGAAAUAGGUUAUCUAUCUAAUAGACCUAAACCAAUAUACGUCGAUCUAUCUUUACCUUCUUCCCCAAUCAUCGAAAACACAGAUAAAAAGAUUGAGAUAAAAACCAUUUGUCAUGGUCUUUCCAAUAGUCCUUUGAAAGAACCAUGGCCAAAAGUCAUUUUUGGGGAAGAACGGAUGGCUCAAAGUCUCACACAAUGGGAAGAAAAUGAGGAAGAUGAAGAUAAGUUGAUAGAACGUAUGUUUGAUAUCCUCAGCGACUCGAAACCCAUCAACACCCUCGUCGACGCAAAGAGCAGUACCACCAUCCCAGCUCUUAAACUCGGACCAAAUCCGUUGCUACCGCCCAAACAGGGAGAAGGAAGGUGGUACGGUACUCGACUCAGCACUGUCAUCCUCGUACGAGACGACGCCACGGUCGUCUUUGUCGAGAGGGAUGUUAGUAUGUUGAGUGAGGAUGGAAGGGAAGCUAUCAAGGGGAAAGGAGAGAGAAGGUUCGAGUUUGUAGCGCAUUCAGAAGCAACUUCGUGAAAUUGCUCGACGAAUCUGAAAGGGAGGGGAUUCCGAGAUCGUUGUCAGAGUAGAUGAAUGUCAAUCUCGACUCAGUUGUAUGCAUGUAUGACCUUG